GAGAGACCUUUCUCCCUCCCUUCACCCUGGAGAUAGGGCUCACUUGCUGGAAGAGCGAUUAUCCAGCCAGGAGAGGACUACAGCUCUCCUCCUCCAUCAGGCUUUCCGAAUCAAAGACGACAUCGUUUCCUACCUGCAGGGGAGCAAAGGUUGUCAGCACGGGGAGAAUGCUGCCCAGCAGCUGCUGGAAAACCACAUCCAGACCAUCACAAGCAUCGUCAAAACGCUCAGCCAUGACAUUGAGGUUUUGGAGAGGCAAAUAAGAACAAGAGAUGGUGCCGCAGUAGCAACUAAUUUUGCUAUUCAAAGCCUGGACCAUAAAUGCAUCCAGGGUCUUGGAGACCUACGUGGAAGAGUGGCAAGGUGUGAGGCGAGCAUGGCAAAGCUCUCAGGAGACAUUGGUACCAUCAGGCGCGAGGCCCAGAAGACUGAUAAAGAGAUUUAUGGCCUUCGCUCUGCCCUCAGCAGUUGUGUUGGUGAUUUUGAGAAGAAGGUAAUGCAGCUAUUAGGCAAGAUAGAGACUUCCAACUCUGAUCAAAACUCAAAUUUAAAGACAGUCCUGGGAGAUCAACAUCACGAGCUGCAACUUCUGGAUUUCAAGCUGACAAGUGCUCUAAGUGACCUCAGGGAUCAGAUGCAGACUCAUCGGAAGUGGACAGAAGCACAGUUGACAUGGUCUGAAGAAAAUCAAGCCCAGCACAAGCAUCAGCUGCUCAGCUUGGUGAAGGAGAGAUUGGAAGGAGCCGAAAAAAGAGUAGAAGAAAAGCUCCUAUUUCUGUCACUAAAGCUAGAACGAAUGGACAAGCCACAGAAAUACGAAAAGCAGUUGAACAAGAUGAAAAGUGAUGAAAAAAACCUUCACGCGAGAAUUUCCAGAUUUGAAAGGCAGGUCUGGAGAGAGAUUGAUGAAAUCAAAAGUGAAUACAGAUCAGGAUUUCAAUCCAUCCACGAGUCUCUGGAGCUGCUCAAACAAAUACAGAACACAAAGCUGAAACUUGAAAAAAAGAAAAUUCAGAAAGACAUGAAAAAGAUGCAGUGA